AUUUAAGAUAUUUUAGAGCUUUUGGGUUUUUUGUUUUUUUUUUGAAGGAAUUAAAAGAUCGAGAAAAUAUGGAAAAUUCAAGUGGUUCAAGGAUAACUUCUCUUAUAUUGAGAAUACUAACAUUUGUUUUUCUUUUCAUCUCCUUCUUCAUUCUUAUCACCACUUCUCAAACUGUUCGACCAUAUAAGCUUCAUUUCAAUGAUUAUCAUGGUUUUAGGUAUAUGCUUGCUACGAUCAUCAUUGGACUUGUAUUUAACCUUCUGCAAAUCGCAUUCUCCCUCUUUAACAUAGUUAAGAAUGGAGACGGUACUAUAUUAUUCGAUUUCUUUGGCGACAAGUUUUUGUCAUACCUUCUAGCAACAGGAGCAGCAGCUGGAUUUGGAGUUGGAGUUGAUUUGAAAAAAGUAGAUCCAGAUGAUUUGUUCAGAAUAUUCUUUGAUAAGGCCUAUGCAGCUUCAACUCUUCUUUUGUUUGCUUUCUUUUGCUCUGCAGCUGUCUCCAUUCUCUCUUCAUUUGCACUUUCCAAGAGAUCUUAAUAUUAAGUUAAUUGUUACUCUUUGGGUUUUUUUUUCAUAGUUUAGUUUGUAUGUGUGUAUUCUGAAGAUUCUUUUUCCAUUUUUUGUUACUUCUUCUCUUAGGUUCUACCGAUUGAAAAUGUUGAGAUUUUCUUUUUCUUAUUGAGGGUUUGUGUAUUGUUUAAUAAGAAUUCGUUUACUAUUCUUUUUGUUUGAUA